AUGGUGGGCCAAACCAGUUACGUGCCUCCACCUUAUAUUCCAUUGAGUCAGUCUGAAUCAGAAAUGGAAACUGUACCAUCCAAGGAUGAGAUACCUGCUCAGAAGCAUAAAAAUGAUGGCUCCUUGCAGUGGUCUUCUGGAAUCUGUGCUUGUUUUGAUGAUAUGCCGAGCUGUUGUAUUGGACUUGUUUGUCCUUGCUUCCUUUUUGGGAAAAAUGCAGAGUUUUUGGGGUCUGGAACUCUUUUAGGAUCAUGCAUGACACAUUUUAUUUUGUGGGGGCUGGUCAAUACACUUUGCUGUGUGUUAACUGAUGGCAUUAUAUGGGGUUUACCUGGAUGCUUUGUCGCAUGCUAUGCUUGUAGCUACCGGAAGACUUUAAGAUCAAAAUACAAUCUGCAGGAAGCUCCAUGUGGAGAUCUCUUCACACAUUUUUGUUGCCAUUUAUGUGCUAUUUGUCAAGAGUACAGAGAAAUCCGUGAAAGGUCUGGAGGCUGGAACUCGUCUGACCUGAACUUGGUGGAAGUGACUGCCCCUCCUAUUCAGACAAUGGAAUCGGCUUCCACAUAA